GAACGCGACCACUCUGUCAAACAACAUGCAGAAAGAAGUAAUUUACGUAGCUCUUGAGAAUACACGGAACCCACUGUGUGUUCAUUGAAGUGACAGAGCUACCAAUGUAAAGGUCGAGGAUUAACUGUUCUAUUAGUUCGCUGUUCAAACUCGACUAAACCUACCAAGCCGUGCCAACGACGAGGAAUGGAUAUUGUGCCAGUCAAAGGUGGAAGGAUGGUUCAAAGUAAUUAACUAUCGGACGGGGACAGUGUAGGUGGCGCAGCGAUGGAUAAGGACGCACUUCACCAGUGCGAACUCAUCCAGAAUAUGAUCGAGAUCUCCAUCUCUAGUUUACAAGGACUCCGAACCAAAUGCGCAGCAUUGAGCGACCUCACUCAGCAAGAAAUACGCACUUUGGAGGUGAAACUGACUAAGUACAUCUGUAAGCAGCUGCAGUGUAAGCAGAGAGUGCCUGAGAGACAGAGGACCCAGGCCCUGGCCAGCUACCCUCGACUGGGAGACUGGCUCUGCACCAUCAACCUCAGACCUGAACUCAUACAGGCUGUACCAGUGAAGCUGUCCCUGGAUGCUUUGCUGCAGAUGUCCAGUUGUCAGGUGCAGGACACCAUGAGACAGCUGGGCUCUGAACCAGAGGAGUGCUCCCGACUCACUGCUGCCCUCUCCUGCCUAAAGAGUGCCAGUGGGGACAUCAGAGAAGACCCAGGAACCUGGAUAUCAGAGCCGCCCCGCCGUGACAGUAACACCUUACCUCCUCCGGACCGUCGCCCCUCCACCCCCGCCACACUACCCCGUGGCUCCAUCCUCAGUCCGCAUACCCACGCCCGUUCUGUCUCUGUGACUGUCGUACCCUGUGUGGACGAUAAGGGGCAUCAAGUCUACACAGGAGGCAUGUCGGAUGCUUUCCCCUCCUCGCCACUGCUCUUCUCCAAUUCCCCUCCCUCCAAGAGACGCGCCAAGCACCCUCCACGCAUGUCCCCCUCCCGAAAAUUGCUGCAACUCCCCUUCAAUAUCACCCUCACACGCAGCAAGAGCCACGAGUCACAGCUGGCCAACCGCAUAGAAGAGCCAGUGCCCAACAACAAGGGUGGGAAGAAGAACAAGCUGCUCCUGAAUGUGCACAUUAACAGUAGCAGUGGGAACGGGUGUGAAGACUCCACCCGGACCUCUGGCCCAGCCACCGCCCCCUACACCCUCCCAGGAACCCCUACGCUGCUGGAGCAUAACCUAGCAUUGCACCGGGGGUCUCCACAGAUGAUGAGGAGGGAUAUCGGCCUCUCUGUAACACACAGGUUUUCAACCAAAUCCUGGCUCUCACAGACAUGCCAGGUGUGUCAGAAGAACAUGAUGUUUGGUGUUAAAUGCAAACACUGCAAGUUAAAGUGCCAUAACAAAUGUACCAAAGAAGCCCUUCCCUGCAGGAUAUCUUUUCUCCCACUCCCGCAAAUCCGCCGGGCAGAAUCCGUACCGUCAGAUAUCAAUAAUCAAAUUGACCGUACGGCAGUGUUACCAAUCCAGUUUGGCACUUUACCUAAGGUGCUAACCAAAAAGGACAACCCUCCCAUGCUGAGCCAGAUGGAUUCCAGCAGUAACCCUUCCUCCACCACUUCCUCUACGCCCUCCUCGCCCACCCCCUUCCAGCAGAGCAACCCCCCCAGCAUCAACGCCACACCGCCCCCCAACUCCUCGCCCGGCCCCCAAGGGCCCCGAGACAGCCACUUCCACUUCCCAGCUGGCUGUUAUUUACAACCUAGACAACAGUUUAUUUUCCCUGAUGUUUCCUCUUCACCAUAUCCUGUUGGACUACACUCUGAAGGCUACCAUGACACUGGAGACACACAGCAACUGGCACAAUCAGAACCUCCAUGUCAAGGACAGGAAUGUGGAGCGGAAGAGGAGGAAUACCCAGGGGAUGAGGGAAAUGGUAGCAAGGAGGGCAGUGAGAAGGGCCACUCAAACGGAGAGUGUGAUGGGGACGAGAUAGAGGACCUGCCCAGCUACCGGGGCCGACUGGCCGGUGGCCAAUGGAGGGGGCCCAUCUCCCGUAAGGCCAGCCAGACCAGUGUAUAUCUGCAGGAGUGGGACAUCCCCUAUGAGCAGCUGGAGCUGGGGGAGCUCAUUGGCAAGGGCCGUUGGGGGAAGGUUCAUAAGGGGCGCUGGCAUGGAGAGGUGGCCAUUCGGCUGCUGGAGAUAGAUGGUAAUAACCAGGACCACCUGAAGCUGUUUAAGAAGGAAGUGAUGAACUACAGACAGACCCGCCACGAGAACGUGGUCCUCUUCAUGGGGGCCUGCAUGGCCCCGCCACACCUCGCCAUCAUCACCAGUUUCUGCAAAGGUCGGACACUAUUCUCUGUUGUAAGAGAUGCCAAGAACACGCUAGACAUCAACAAGACAAGGCAGAUCGCUCAGGAAAUUGUUAAGGGUAUGGGCUACCUUCACGCUAAAGGAAUCGUUCACAAGGACCUGAAGUCCAAGAAUGUGUUCUAUGACACAAACAAAGUGGUAAUCACAGACUUUGGCCUUUUUGGAAUGUCCGGAGUGGUACAAGAGUACCACAAGAGGCAAGAGAACGAGCUGAGGCUCCCUCAUGGCUGGAUCUACUACCUGGCCCCUGAGAUCGUCCGCAGGAUGGGCACUGGGAACCAUGAGGACCGCCUGCCUUUCUCCAAUGCUGCAGACGUCUAUGCAUUUGGCACCAUUUGGUAUGAGCUGCAGGCCCGUGGCUGGCCACUCACCAACCAGCCGGCAGAGGCCACCAUCUGGCAGGUGGGCAGUGGAGAGGGCAUAAAGAAGGUCUUGGCAAAGGUCAGCCUGGGCAAGGAGGUUACGGAGAUACUGUCUGCCUGUUGGUCCUUCAAGCUGGAAGAGCGUCCCUCCUUCACCCAGCUGACUGACAUGCUGGAGAAGCUGCCGAAGCUCAACCGCAGGCUUUCCCACCCAGGACACUUCUGGAAGUCAGCCGAGUAUGUAUCCUAAAGACCAGGAUCCCUUUUGAGAUAUACUGAAUAUACUCACUGUGAGGGGGAAAAAGUAUUUGAUCCCCUGCUGAUUUUGUACGUUUGACCACGGACAAAGAAAUGAUCUGUCUAUCAUUUUAAUGGU